AUGAACUUGCCGCGACUUUUCUGCCUAGUGCAGGUGCUUUCGCUGACCUCGGCCCUGAAGCACAGCGCACGUGCCAACUCCAGCUCCGCCGAGCAGCGACCACCGCGAGUCUACUUCCUCUUCCUGGCCGUUGACAAGAUCUCCAACCUGGACGUCUGGUCCUCCUUCUUCGACUCUGCAGACUCGGACAAGUACCGAGCUUUCGUGCAUUGCAAAGAGAAGCAAUGCGUGCAGCAAAUGGCUGGCUCCCCCAUCGUGCCAGUGCCGACAGUGGCGAGCUACUACUGCACGGAUCUGGUCUCGCCGAUGAACCAGCUUUUGAGCUACGCCUUGAGCACGGACCUUGGCCCUACAAAUGGGUUGGAUAAGUUUGCCUUCAUCUCGGAUUCGGCCCUGCCGGCAAAGCCCUUCUCAGAGAUCUACCGCACACUGGGCGAGCGGGAUGGAUCGGACUUCUGCGUUUUCCCACCGGGAGAGUGGGCCGAUUUGCCGAAUGCGGAUGGAGGGGGCCUGGAGGUGGCUGUGAAGGUGCACCAAUGGAUAACACUUUCCCGUGCCCACGCUGAGCGGGCAUCGGACAUGUGGCAGAAAGGCGUUAUGCACAACUUCAUGUCUUACUUCAAGAUGAACCAGCUCGGGUGGAACAAUAUGUUGGACAACAACUUUGCCGACAACCGGAACUGGGGAUGUCUUGAUGAGUUCUGGUAUGUGACUGCACUGUACGGCACGCUGAAGAAGGUCCAUGUCGAAGGGGACCAGUCCAUUGAGCUUCCAGAGUUCACGGGGUCGCCUCUGCGGAUUGACAAAACGGCGGGCUGGCAGGGGAAGUGCGAUACCUUCGUGAUUUGGGCAAAGUACAUGAACAGCCUCGGCAGAAACGAGCAGCAGAAUUUGAUGUUGUCCUUGGAUCCGCCUUCAGUCCCUCACGGUGGCAACUGGGCUCGGCCCGGUUGGUGGGACACCAUCUCAACGAAAGGCAUCCAAGCCAUUCGAAACUCAGACUUCUUAUUUGUUCGUAAGUUCAUCGACAAGCCAGCCCUUCAUGAUGGCGGCGACUUUGCCUCCGCGUACACAAGGAUCGUGGUGCAAGAUAUCGCAGCAGCUCCCACAGCCUGA